AUGGAGACGGCAUCAAUGCUCUCCGCCCUGAAAGGCGAUGAAUUGAAAGACUCGUCACAAUGGCGAGCAUGGCACAAGAGGAUGAGGGCAUUCGCAAUGAAUCGGACCGUCUGGGACCUUUGCAACCCUGACAACGAUGAAGCCCAUCGUCCGGAGGCUCUGAAAGAGCCACGGGAGCCCGAGUAUCCGCUGGAUGCGGAUGCGGAGGUUAAAAAGGAGUGGAGAGACCUCUUAGAGGUCUACAAAAUUGGAUCUAACCGCUGGGAGAAGCAGCGGAAUGAGUAUAUCAUCACCUUCGUGGAUAGCAGUCUCCGUGACGCAGUCCUCGAAUUUGAUACCCCGUGUGACCGGCUAGUCUACCUGAAGACUAGCUUUGCGCGCACAACUGCGUAUAUGGAGGAAAUUCGAAUGAAAUGGAGAGCUUUUUCGGCUGAAAAACCAACUGGAGAUAUCGAGAAAUGGCUUGCUUCUUGGACUGAACUAAGAGAGCAAGUGGUUAGUCUCCAGCUUCCCGAAGCAAAUAGUGCCAAUCAGGACUUCCUACAAGCAGUUAAGGAGGUCUUACCAAUCUGGUGGCAAGCAAAAUAUCAAGAAAUCGUGAUGAAUGGAGCCUCGUACGACACUCAGAGUCUCACCGAAUCAUUCAGAGCUCUAUAUCGGGAAACUGGCCAGUCCGACCUAUCACCGACAGCGCCGAAGGGGUCUUUCUCCACUUGGCAGGGUCAUCAGGAAGCAAAGAAUGACUCUAGGAAGCCAAAGGAAGACGUCCCUUUCGAGGAAAGACCAUGCCCCUGCGGCAAUAAGCAUCCGAAGCAUCAACCCACUACCUGCUGGGUUGUCAAUGAAUCAAUUCGACCCGACGGAUACCAGCCAAGGAAAGAGAAUCUCCUGAAAACGGAGAAAGCUCUGUCGGCCGACCCGGCAUGGAGAAAAUGGAUCCAAGAAACCACCGUCAAACAUGCCGGCAAAUGCAGUCCAAUUAAACCUAGGAAACAUCUCCUUUUCAAGCCAGGAAAUUGGGUCACAAACUACUAUCUCAGUACUACGCGACCGAUGGAUCCUCGACAGCGGCUCUGGUGUCCAUGUCUGCAAUGA